UUUAAAAUCCCGGCCGCGCGCGUCAGAGCUGCAGUUCGUUAUACAGCCGUUGGUGUCCUCAGGGAGACGGCCACAAACUGAUGCACAAAAACGCUGGAUAUUCGGACUAUUUUACAUUUUUAGAGAGUUUUAAGCUAACUGCAGUAUGGAGAGGGCAUUUAACUUUAAGCUGUUGGUACCUCCAAGGACCAAUUUGGGUCAGGUAUCAGCUGUGAAGCCUCAAGAUUCCAGGUUGUUUGAGGACAACAGUAGUUUUAAGCCACUCAUACAGAGUUACACUAAGUGUUUUGAUACAGAGGCAAGCUUGCCAUUUUCAAACACCAACAUGGUGUUACCUACAAAGCCCCAAAGAGCAGAGGUUACAAAGAAGAUUGCUGUGAUGCCAAUGGAGAAAGAAGAGGGAACACUAAGAUGCAGCCAACUGUAUUCCAAACUGUUUGAAGAGGCAGAAAAAAUAAAAUCUUGGAAACUGAAAACAGAAUCUGAGAUUUUACAGAAAGAUAGAAAGCUUCAGGAAAACAGAAGAACAAUUGAGACACAGCGGAAAGCCAUUCAGGAACUUCAGUUCGGAAAUGAAAGUCUUAGUAUGAAGUUAGAGGAACGACUCAAUGAAAAUGAGGAUUUAAGGAACAAGAAUAAUGCAACAAGAAAUUUGUGCAAUAUUCUAAAAGACACAUUUGAGAGAUCUACUGAGAAAAUGGGUCUGUAUGAGUCUGAGAGGGAGGAAACCCAUGGCCUCUUUAUGCAGAAUCUCGAAGAUAUUCAGAGAAUGGUCGCUGCAUUUGAAAGUCUUCGCUUAAAAGCAGAGGCUGACCAGUUAGAAAUGCUGAAAGUUAGAGAAGGCCUUAAGCAGUUUGAUGACCUUAAGUUGCAAUUUGAGAAUGAGUAUCACAUGAAGGAAAAGGAGAUUUCCAUACUGACAGAAAAGCUAAGGGAAAAAGAAAGUGACCUUAAAGAGAUAUUACUUAGUUUCCAAGAGACCCAGAAGGCCUACAGUGACCUUCAGAAAUCUGCUAAACUGCAACACGAAUUACUUCAGAACUCUAAACAAGAACAGGAUAAACUUGAAGAAAAACUGAACAAGGCAGACCAAAUCCAACAGGAAACUGAGAAGCAUCAGAAAGCAUUAGCUAACUUACUUGAGCAAACCAAGGAGAACUAUGCAGUAAAACUUCAAGAGAGAGAUGCGAAACUUCUGGAAGUGAAUAAUAUCAAAGAACAAAUGACACACAAACUUGAAGAGAUGAAGAUGGCAGUAGAGUCUCUACAUUGCUCACUGAAAUCUGAGAAACAGAGAGCCCAAGAUCUUGAAUCCAAACUUGGCUUAAUAUCUGAAGGACUUGACAAGAAAGACACAGAACUAGGAAAAAUAGCAGCAGAAAAAGAGGAGCAAGACAACCAAAUACACACUCUGAAGCAGGAAUUGGACACAAAGUCAAACGCCCUUGAAUCUUUAGAGGACAAGAUAAAGACAGAUGGAGAUAAGAUUCUUCAGCUCAUCACAGAACACAAAAACAAACAGGCCCAAAUAAAUGAGCUAAAGGAACAACUGAAGAUUGCUUCUACUGAAAAUAAAAAUAUGGUGGUGACCCUGGAGGAGAUUACAAAUGAGCAAAAGCAGAUAAAGGAACUUGUCUUUGAGAAAGAGAUUAAACUCAAAGAUAUUGAAGGGAAGUUAGCUGAAGCACUGAAGAAUGAAAGACAAUCAUCCACUAAUAUUCAGAGGUUGAAAAAGGAACUGAAUCAACAAAAGGAGAUGUACAAAGAUCUGCUCGAGAGGUUUAAUCAACUUCAACUUCAGAAAGAUGCUGUGCAAGAACAGGUUGAUGGAGGUUCUACAGAGACCAGGGUUCUUGAAUCCUGUCUCAAGGAAACCAAAGAAAAUGAGGAAAAGUUGAAAAUGGAAGUAGAGAGACUUGAGUUGGAAAAACAACAACUAGAAACACAGGUAGAGGUUCUGGGUGCAAACAUUGAGGAGCAGCGUCAAGAGAUCGAGACGUUUCAAAAGCAGUUGAAAGAUUCUAGCAAAAGCACUCACAGUGAACUUAUGAAAAAGGAACGACAGAUCAAAGCUCAAGAGCUAAAGAUGACAAACAUGAAAACAAAACUGGAAACCAAAACCAAGGAACUGGAUGAAAGCCUUAAGGAAAAUAAAACCAUGAAGAAGCAGAUGACACUGGAUAAUGAAAAACUUUUCCAGUUUGAAGAUGAGUUAACUAAAUUGAAAGAAGAGUCCAAGAAGCACAAGAAACACCAUGAUGAAGAGCUUAGAAAAGUGUGUUCUGAGCUUAAAGACAAAUCAGCUUCUGAAGCUCAACUUUCGCUAGAGGUUCAGGACCUCAAACAAUCAGCAGUGAAUGCUGUGAAAAGCAAGGAGGACACUGAAAUCAAAUGCCAGCAGAAGAUAUCUGAUAUGGUUGCCUUAAUGGAGAGACACAAACAUGAAUAUGACAAGAUGGUGGAAGAGAAGGAUGCAGAACUGAAUGAGAAGAGAAUACGAGAAGCUGAAGUUAAUACUAAUAAAAUUUCGUUGGAACUGGAACUGUCUCACCUCCAAAUUGAAAAUGGUCACUUAAAACAGCAACUUGAGAAGGUCAAAAUGGAAAAGGAAAAAAUAAGGCAGGAAGUGGAAGAACUGACCAGGAUGCAAACCUCUCAGAAUAGCAGUUUUAUGGAAAAAGAGGAGCAUCUGGAAAAAGAAAUUCAGUCUUUGAAGAAGCAAAUUGAAUCCCUUGAAAAAGAGAAGGCUCAAAAGAUUUCUAAGGGAACAGCCAAAAAGAAGUCUUGUGAAACCCCCAAUAAGGUGCCCGCUUGUGCUAUUUCAGAUGCAUCUAAAAAGGCCUUAACUACACCUCUUAAAUUAGGUGACCUCCUUCAAACUCCAACUUGGACUAUGGGACCAAAAAUAGGGGCAACACCUCGGAUAAAGUCUUUCAGAGUACGCACACCACCAUCAACAGAAAACUCAGCACCAUGGAGAAAAAACACUCUGGCACUCGACCCAAAGUCUGAUGGCUCAGAGCAAAAUGAUAUACUGAGUUUCUCUCCAGCGCCUUCAACAUUGAGCAUGUCUAUACAAGCCAAAGAGCCUGGAGCAGAGUGCCUGAGCUUACUGAAGAAGGUGCAAGGUUCUGGUGUUCAUAAGUCUCCAGGGGCAGCUUUAAAACUUGCAGCAAUGAAGAGAAUGCGGGAUGCAGGCUGGACAACAAUUACAACUUCAGAAAAGAAAAAGAAAAAAGCAACUGAUAAAAUCUUUGCUUAGCCACUUUUGUGCUGUCUAUGUACAGCCUUCAUGAACUUAAUCAGUUAGGUACUAAGGUCACUGUUCAUUUUACUGGUUAUAUGAGUUUAAGGAUAAAAUGUUUGUUAGAUUUCUCAGAUAUUUAGAUAUAUAGAGCAAUACAGAUAGAAAUGUAUUAAAUAUUAAAUACCAAUCUAAGAUUUUAUAUAUUUCCGUUUUAAAUCUUCAUUUUGUGCAUGCGUGAAAGAGACUUAGAGUAACAGUUAUUUCAGUGCUGUAUUAAAUGUGUUACUGUUCGAUGUUUAUUGCUUCCUGUAUUAAUCCUUUAUUGAAAUGAAACAUUUGAACCACUUGGCAUUACUCUAAAAAGUCCAGAUUCUAUGGUUUUUAUCUCAAUAAACACUGUUUCCUGCAGAGUA